AGGGGGAGGCGAGCCGACCGCGCGGCUGCUCAUGGUGAGCCGCGGGGGUUCCGUGGACCCUUGGAACUACCGCUCCCAGCGUGCACCGCGGCGGGGCCGGACGUGAGGCAUGUCUAGUCACCUGUCUGCUGACGUCUAAAUCAAGCAGUGUAAGCUGACACAGUGGAAACCCACCGUCACAGAGUCAACAGGGGGCUAUGACAACAACAGGAUAGCAAAACACAGGACAAUAAGCCCCAGGGGUUAUGCUGACUCGGGGUACAAACAGUGAACUCUGGGGAAGGCAAGGAAGACAUCCCUUUGUCCUGCACCUAGGAAGUAAUUGGGCAGUGCAGUUACUUUCACGAAAACGGGAUCACAGCCUUGCCUGAAACGCUGCGAAGGAUGUUUGGGUGCAGUCCCUGCUGCUGGAGUGAUGCCCACCUUCCAGUUCUUGCCCUUCUCGGCCCUGCUGGGCACCCUGGGGCUCCUGUGUGUGGUGUUCACAGGGUUCUGGUCCCAGCACUGGCGCGGAGGCUUUGCCUGGGAUGGCUCCACCAAGAUGUUUAACUGGCACCCCAUCUGCAUGGUGACAGGCAUGCUGGUUCUGUAUGGGGCGGCGGUGCUGGUGUACCGGGUGCCCAGCUCCUGGGCGGGCCCCAAGCUCCCGUGGAAGCUGCUGCACGCGGCGCUGACCCUAGCAGCCUUUGUCCUGGUCGUGCUGGGGCUCGUUGCCGUCUUCGGGUUCCACAAUGCCCAGGGCACCCCCAACAUGUACUCGCUGCACAGCUGGCUGGGGCUGGCAGCUGUGCUGUUCUUCUCUUGCCAGUGGCUCAUGGGGUUCACUGCCUUCCUGUUACCCUGGUCCCCUGCCUGGCUGCGGAUCAUCUACAAGCCUGUUCACGUCUUCUUCGGCUCCACCAUCCUCGCGCUGGCCAUGGCAGCAUCCAUCUCCGGCAUCAACGAGAAGCUCUUCUUCAGCCUGACGAACAAGACGGUUCCCUACGCUAAACUCCCCCCUGAGGCCUGGUUCGCCAAUUCUCUGGGGAUGCUGAUCUUGGUCUUUGGGUUGCUGGUGCUGUGGGCUCUUGCCACGCCGGCCUGGAAGCGCCCAGAGUCAGAGUCACUGGAGGACCGACAGCCCCUACUCCAUUAGGACAAGUGAAGCAGCUGCCUGGAGGAGGAGCCGCUGCCCAGACUCUCCGGUGAGAAGGGCAGCUUUGUGCUCCUGCAGUUGGCGCUGAGCCAUCUCCGGAGCCUGGCCAGCACGGAGCCGAGGGGUGGAGGUGCUCUCCUUGCUCCCUCACCACCCAGCUGCUCUCCCGGAUCCCUGGCUCUUGCCACUCCUCUGCCUUCUGCUCUGGGUUCCUGCAUGUGCUGCUUCUUCCUGGGAUUCACCAGGCAGCCUUGGCCCCUCUUGCCAUUGUGCUGCUGUGCCUUAGGGGCCCUGGCUGACGCUACGGCCUAGAUCAAGUCGCCUGAACUAAAAUAAAAGCCUGCUUUGUGGCGCUUGCCCUGGCGUCGGCUCUGCAGGAGGCAGGGGCUGGUUGUGUGUAAGGAGCCUGUGCUGGCCGCUCAGCUGUAGCAGCGUGCAUGCGUCUGGGGCAUCAGUGUGCCAAGCUCCAGCCAGCUUCCCUUUCCCACUGCCAGCUUAGCACCCACUUCUGCUCUCUGGCGCUGUCCCCUGCUACCUUGGGAGAGUCUCUGCUAGGGCUCAGAGCUAGGGUGACCAGAUGUCCUGAUUUUAUAGGGACAGUCCCGAUUUUGUGGUCUUUUUCCUAUAUAGGUUCCUAUUACCCCCCACUCCCUGCCUUGAUUUUUCACACUUGCUGUCUGGUCAUCCUACUCAGAGCAUUUGCUCUCCAUGGGGUUUGCUUCCAGCCCUGGUCAUACUCCCUCUCCCUUGUCCCAGCUCUUUGAGUGGAGGAAGCAGUCACAUUUCCUCCUGCCAGGAGAGGGCUGCAGAGCAGGAAGCUGUUGUCCAUGCAUCGCUGUGAUGUGCAGGUGGGCUGGGGAGUCCGGCUGCAGUGCCUGACUGCCCUGGGGAUGCUAAGGUGGGAGGAGCUGUCCAGGGCCAUGCUGUUCACUCCUCUGCCCAGGAUCCACAGAUAAACUCUGUACUGAGCUUCUCUAACUAGUAAAACAGCUCAGGCUCAGAAUCCACUCACCUGCAGCUCUCCGUUUGGAUCUAGGCUGUAUUGCCGUCUCUGGUGCUGUAUCACAGCUCCACCCUGCACAGUCCUACACCAGGCUCCGGUCUGCCUUUCCUACCUCACCUGGGGUGUCUGGCUCUGGCCUCAGCUGUGCUGAGCCCUGAAAGCCACUCCAGCAAAAAUUUCCAAGUGGUUGGGCCUGGAGGCUCUCUAGUGCCUGGCCAAUUCACAGUCUUCCUGGCUGGCCUCUCCCAGGUCCCGGCUCAGCGCGGGCAGGCACCGUGAGCUGUAUCUCCUCCCAGUGCCUACACGCUACCAUUGGCAUGAUGUAAUUUGGGGGCUGUACAACAGACACUCACUGUCUGGUACCUGACCCAGCCAGCACUAAUGAAAAUGGACUCAUAGCUUACGCAUCCUUUGGUGGCAUCUGCCACAAGCUGCUCAGAAGCUUUGAGACAAGAUCCUGUCCAUUCUGGGCACUGGAUCUGCCGGGGUGGUGUGGGGUCCCCAUGAAGCAGAUACUUCACUCUGGUUUAAGGAUUCAUGUACAGGAUUAGGGCUAAAUUGUUCUCCAGGUAUUAAUCCCUCCCAUCCCCACAUGGUGUAACAGACAGGGGCAUGGUGGGAAGGGUUCAGACCCCCCAGAGAAGGGCAGACAGGAAGUAUGGUUGACUCAAUGGGGAAUAUUUCCCCAUGACUGAUUGCAGGGGGGUGGGACGGGUGGCCCUUCCUAUCCUCUAUGGCUGUGCAUUCUGCUUCUCUGGGUGUGUGCUAUUGCGGUAGGUUGGGAGUGAGCCCACAUGGCUCAAACUGAGAUCUUAGGAAGACACUGGAGGCUUCCUUAGAAGUGUUUCCAGAGAGAGGCAAUUAAAUGUAUUUGUUGUAUGUGAGAAGCUGCCCAGCCCAGGGGGUUUGAUAGCAUCCACACAGAGGCUCAGUACAUGCUACUGGAGAGGUGGAAUGCAGCUACAGCUGGUUGGAAUUUGAGUUUUCUGUCCCCUGGGAAAUUCUCAGACUUCCAAAUCUCUGGCUUUGUUCUGAGCUGGGAUGCUAAAUCGGUGGCGGGACUCCGUGUGACACACAGCACGGUGAGGAUUUCAGUUUGAUGGUCUCAACACCUUUUGAUGGGGCAAUGCUUCAGUUUGGCUUGUUAUCUAGAAGUGAAAUGUUUGACAGGGAUGAUUUCCCCCAAAUGUCCAGCUAACUCCAGGCAUUCCCCAAAAUGCACUGACUGUGUCAAUCAGCUCUUUCUGAUGGAAAACUGUUUGUGGAAAAUGUCCAACCAGCUCUGUAGACAACCUUGAAAAAUCAGGUGGCCCUAGGCUGAAGG